AUGUCGAACGUGACUAAACUCAUGGCUUCCAAAUUCUUGAUGUGGCAUCGACAAGUUCGCGCUCUGGUUGCCGGCUAUGGCCUUGCUGGUCACCUUGAUGGCACUACGGCUGCUCCGGCUAUGACACUCACCACCGAUGGUGUCACUGCUGCAAAUCCAGCCUACAACUUAUGGGAGCGACAAGAUCAGCUUCUCUAUUCAAGUCCUUUGGGGGUGAUCUUGGUUGAGCUUCAGCCUAUCCUCUCCACCGUAUCUACUUCAGCACAGAUCUGGAGUCUUCUCUUCUCCACCUAUGCCAAGCCAAGUGGGGGACACAUCAAACAGUUACGUGAACAGAUUAAACAAUGGAAGAAAGGUACUAAACCUAUUGAUGAAUAUUUUCAGGGGCUCACUGCUCGUUUUGAUCAUCUUGCAACUCUUGGGAAACCAUAUGAGCAUGAAGAGCAAAUCGAUGGUCGUGAUACUCCACCAUCUAUGCCGGAAAUUCACGAGAAGCUUAUUAACUUUGAGUUGAAGCUUCAGUCGCAGAUCUCGGCCUCCUCCUUUGUUCCGCUUACAGCCAAUGCUGCCUUUUACAAGUCACCUGGUCAUCACAACAAUUCUCGCAACCAGAAUCGUUUCUCGUCUCGUGGCAAUCAUCACAACUCAUCCCGUGGCUCCCAAGGUAGAGGAUAUCAAGGCUGCUGCUAG